CUAGAUAUCCCUUUCUCUUCAAGUCCUAAACCCGUCUGUCCUUAAUUUUCUCUAUAUAUAUCUCCUAUUUGGCCAUUUUAUGCACAAAAUAUACAGUACAUUGUAUUCCAUAAUCCAUAGCAUUAUUUCUUCCUCAAUUUUCUGACCAUCACUUUACAUUUCACGAAUAAUUAUAUCAUUGUUAUUCUUUUAUUUCAUUCACAUUGAUUAACUUUCUACAAAUUUGUGCCAUAUACAUGGCUAAGAGAAAGAGCAAUAAUACUGCAACUAUGCAGCUGACUCUGGAAAAAGAAACGUCUGCCGGCCGGCAAAAGCUCCGAUCCUUCCUUCACUCCGAUCCCGCCCUUUUAAGAGACGACCACCACGAAGAAAACGGUGAUACCUCGCCGCUCUACAGUACCGCCGCCACAAACAGUCCUAUAACCAUCAGCACUCCCUCCUCCCCUUGGAGCGAACUCGCCAGCGCGUCUCCUUACACCAACUCCCCGUGGCUUCUCCGGCCAUCACCUUGCGCCGGCGAGAGCUCCGGCCUCAUCGCCACGCUCGUCCGGCAGGACGGGCACGUGUACUCGCUUGCGGCUUCGGGUAAUCUCUUAUACACGGGUUCGGAGAGUAAGAAUAUCCGGGUCUGGAACAAUCACGGGUUCGAGGAGCAUUCUGGGUUCAAGUCGAAAAGCGGGUUUGUGAAGGCCAUUGUUGUGUGGAGAGGGAAGGUUUUCACGGGACACCAGGACGGUAAAAUUCGGGUCUGGAAAGUGUCUGGUCGAGAGGAGAAGAGAACUUACACACGGAUAGGUAGUUUACCAACUCUUACCGAUUAUCUGAAGAGUGCUAUGAACCCGAAGGCUUACGUGGCGGUCAGAAGACACAAAAGGGUCCCACGUGUCAAACAUUACGACGCCGUUUCAUGCAUGAGUGUAGAUAUGAGUCAAGGCUUACUCUAUUCCGGUUCUUGGGAUAAAACGGUAAAGGUGUGGAGAUUAAGCGACUGGAAAUGCAUUGAAUCCAUCGAGGCACACGAUGACGCCGUCAACUCCGUCGCCGUCGGAUUUGACGGUUUCGUUUUCAGCGGCUCCGCCGACGGGACGGUGAAAGCGUGGAGGAGGGAGCUGGUGGGGAGAAUCACGAGGCACGUGGUGGUGGACACGCUUUUGAAUCAAGAAGGUGCGGUGACGGCGCUGGCGGUGAGCCCGGUGACGGCGGUGUACGCCGGGUCCUCCGACGGGCUCGUGAACUUCUGGGACCGGGACAUGCAUUUCGUGGCGUACGGCGGCGCUCUUCGGGGCCACAAACUCGCCGUGCUCUGCCUGGCCGUCGCCGGGAACCUGGUGCUGAGCGGGUCGGCGGACCAGAGCAUAUGCGUGUGGAGGAGAGAGCUCGAAGGCGGGGGCGGGGUCCAUAGUUGUGUCACCGUGCUGACGGGGCACACUGGGCCGGUCAAGUGCUUGGCCGCCGUCGAGGAAGAUGAGCCGGCGGAGAGGGGUGGUCGGCUGUGGAGAGCGUACAGUGGGAGUUUGGACAAGUCGGUGAAAGUCUGGAUUUUGCCGGGGCAUUGACUAGCGGCUGAGGAGGUAGUCAACGCACAAAUGCAGCCAAUGCGCCGCCGGAAUUUGAAACGCGAUAUGCCGCGGCUUUACAAGGAUGAUGAUGAACAUCGGGUGGCCGAACUAGUCAACGCAGAACCGGAUUCCCCAUUUCAGCACGCCCAAAUUCUUUAUUGUUGAGUUUAGAUAGACAUUUUUUACUCAAUAAAAAUGUCUUCAUGUUUAAGUUGUAGAACUUCAUGCUUACGUUGUAGGAGUCAUGAUUUUCAUAUCAAUGCAUAUUUCCAAAGUGUAAUGUUAAUAUAAAUUCACAUAUUAGAGUUCAUAGAAGUUUGAUUAUGUAUACAGUUGAAUAAAUUUAAUUAGAAGAUAUAGAAUAGAGAUCAUGAUGCUCAAUGUUGAAGUACUCUUAAUACUCAACAUAAUAGGUAAGAUGUUCAAUUAAGUGCACUGAUGCUUAAUUGACAGAAGUCACAAUUUUCAAUUAAAAUUA